GCACGAGGUGCUCCCAGGUUCAGACCCAGACCCAGACUUGCGUUCAGUCUUCUCCGCUCCAUUCUCACUGACUGAACUGAAACAAAACUGCUGCUGCAAUAAUAGAAGAAAAACCGAUUCGCACCAACCACAAGCUAGGAAAAAGGAAACCAAAUUCACACACACACACACAUUCAUACACCCUUUUUCUAACAAGCAAACUACUCCUUUUUCUACAAAGUUGACUGAAGAAUAAGUGUUUUAGUUUUCUAACCAGCUUCUAAGUGUAAAAAGUUGCAAUUUUUGAGCAAAUUUCUCCGUGUGCUAGUAGUGUUUUUUUUCGCUUCAAGUUGCCACGCCACGCGCUAUCAAUGUGAUAUCCCAGUUUGAUUAGAAGAAAGUUCGAAUGCGAAAUCAAUCAAUUGUGAUACGAACAUUUUUUGGCUUCCCAGAGGAAAUACUUUUUCAUACUCUGAACAAAAAACGCAGAGCUUUUGUGGUAAUUUUUGCAAACAUAAUUGUGGCCACAUUCAUUAGAGGGUGGAAGAAAGGAUCCUGCGGAAAGGGAAGCAGAGCAUGAGAAUGUGUGGUGCAAAGUGAUAAAAUUUGCUUUGCAUGAACACGAACCAGCGAACGAGACGAUUACGGUGGGUGAAUCGUGACUUAUCUGCUCCGGUGGAUGUGCGUCAGUUGGCCUUUGCUCCCAAAGUCAGCAAACUAUAACCAGAACUAAACAGCUAAACAGCAGCAAAGGUGGGAGGGUCCUCCUCCUACAAAGUGAUAAGCUCUGUUCGCUGGGUUGGCUCGAGAGAUCGAUUACCAAUCUGAGUUGGCGGCGGGGUAAAAGGGCUGACCAGGGGGAAGGACUUCCAAAUAAACAAGAGCACACGAGAAAGCGAAAGCCAGGACCUUGUCCGUGUGCUUGUUGUUGUUGUCGUCGUCGUCGCUGGCUCUUUUGCAAGGCAAAGUGUGAUUAUAUAACCGAUCACCAGCCAAAGCUGAAGCUGCUGGAGGAGAGCCCCUGAGCGCCGGAACAGAAACAGAAGAGCAAGUAGCAGUAGUAGGCGGGUGUCGGCGCUGGGGGGCGACCACUAGCAGUGUGUAUGUACUUGUGUCUCUGUGAUUGGGGCCCGACAGCUGACAGCUUGUUGUAGCAAGCGUCCUCACAAUCGUCAUCGUCAUCGGAGUAGUAGGCGGCGUCGGCGGCGGCGUGGGGUUGUCUCACAGGAAACAUCAGUAAAAGCUUCAACAGGGGGAGGAGGUCGAAAAGAUAAAUGCAAAUUACUGAACGCAGGAGGCGACGGGUUGUUAUUGUUCUGCUUUUUGGUGUUUUUCAUCGGGACCGCACCCGUUUGGAUCGAUCGGAUGAAAUCAGAAAUCUUCAUCACUUCCGCUUUCCUUGUGCUACUGUUCAUCGACGCCAGCUCAACAAAAGGCAGUGAUUGGCGGAAGUGAAAAACAAUAAAAGCAUUUGAGUCAACGACUUUAUAUUAAUCAAAAUCAAUAGAAGAAAGAACUAAACACGUUCGAGGUCGCGGGGUCGGCGAAGGCACAAGUGGCAGAAUAAAUGAGCAAUAGCGGAGAAGAGGCUGUCACCAGCAGCGUCAUCGCAAUCGUGGUCGUCGCCGGAAGCUGCCCAAGGACGGAGUGGGGUGCGAGACACCAGCACAACCGGAGGAGCCAGCAUCAUGUUUGUUCCCAGACACAUCCUCUGCGGGCUGCUCGUGUACAAUAAUAAUGCAAGUUGUUGUUAUUGUUGUUGUCAUUGUUGUUGAUGUUGAUGCUGUUGAUGUUUGUUCGUGUUUACGCGUUUGUUGGAUGCCUCGGGAAGGCAAAAUUGGAAAGAAGCAUACAUAAUCAUCACACGUUCGGGUGCCAUCGCUUCCCAUCUGUGAUAUCGAGAGUAGAAAGAUAGAAGCAGAAGCAGAACAAAAAAAAACACACUAGAAACAUAGCAGUAGCAGAUAACACAAAGGACGACCAUCAACCAUGGGUAAUGGAAUGAACAAGGUGAUGCCGGGGCUGUACGUGGGCAACUACCGGGACUCGAAGGACUAUCAACAGUUGGAACGCUACCAAAUCACGCACAUCGUCUCGAUCCAUGACAGCCCGAGGCGGUUUCACCCGGACAAGCACUACCUGUGCGUGAUGGCCGCCGACACGCCCGACCAGAACCUGUCGCAGUACUUUUCCGUGUGCAACGACUUUAUCCACGCGGCCCGGCUCAAGGGCGGCUGCGUGCUGAUUCACUGCCUGGCCGGAAUGUCCCGCUCGGUGACGGUGGCGGUGGCCUACAUCAUGUCCGUCACGCCCCUCACCUGGAAGGAGGCGCUCAAGGUGGUGCGGACGGGGCGCGCCAUCGCCAACCCGAACCUGGGCUUCCAGAACCAGCUGCAGGAGUUCGAGAACAGCAAAUUGUUGGAAGAACGAAAACGCCUCAAAGAACGCUUUCCCAGCUUAGCUUUGGAAUCUAAUGAUAGAGAGCAAUGUUUUGUAGCUUUAGACCAAUAUGAAGUCUUGUUAGAGAAUAAGGGUGUCUGCGAGGGCCAGUGCAAGUUUGGCAAGGAUUGUCCAACAGGAAUCUGCCGCUCGGAGUCACGUGGCCUUCGCCGAAAGGCCAGCACGACGGCCUCACCGAAAAAGCAAUACAACAACCUGUCCACGUCACCAUCGAGUUCGUCCCACCUGUCGGUCCGGAGCAGCGGAGCGGCCCAGUCCUGUCCGACCUCACCGCGGUGCUCCAAGGCCCUCACCGGUGGUGGUGGUAACGGCGGAGAAAACGCGGCCCAGCGGAACAACCCGCGGGCCGCCGGAGAAUACGCCGCAGAAAUCGACAUGGGCGAACUGACCGAGUUGCGGCGCAGUGCCAGCAUCGUCAGUACCUUCAGACCUCGCAGCAGUCCAGCCGGGCUGUACUCGUAUACGGGUUCAGCCCCACCAUCCCUCCACGGCUCCCGGGUCGACUUGGCCGGCAGUGCCAAAAAUACCGGCUCAGCCAUCUAUCUUGGCACCAAUAAUCCCUCCGGAAGUGCCACGUCCCCCGGAGUCGCUCGUCGCGUCAGUCUCAGGUCCUCGCCUCGGUCCACGCCGGAAUCGUCCCCGAAGGCAUCCCCAAAACGGUCGGCCUCAACCCGGACCCUGGUACAUCAAACCUCCGGAACACCACCUGCCUCGCCCGCCAAGAACGCUGGCAAAUCAAACACCUCCUCCUCCUCCUCCUCCUCUUCCACUGCGCCCUCGAGGCCACCGAGUGGGGUCACUCCUCCCGCUCCCUCAAACGCCAACGCCACCAGCACCAAAUCACCCGCCAAGGCGCCCCCAUCAUCAUCGUCAUCGCCGUCAACGCCAUCGAAGUUGGCCGACAACAAAAAAGCCACAACCAGGCAAAAAUGACAAGCAACUAAUGAUAGCAAAACCUACGCUGCUGCUAGCAAAUAAUAAAAACAAGCCGAAAAAUUAAAUUGCAAAAAUCAAAAUGUCAGCAUGUUUUGUCGCAAACACACACUGGAAAACUGAAAUAAAAUAAAUUAGCUCUAUAUUUACCAUAUCGCAAGCACAAAAUCACAAAACUGUAAGCACACACACGUACACAAACACGUGUCAGCUAGUGACGCAUCAGAGAAACGGAAAGCAUUUAAAACCAAAACUAAACAAAAUAAAACAUUUAUUAGAUAAAUGAAAGUGUGACUUGUGCGCUUUGUUCGGAACCUGCAACUUGCAAGCUAAUGUUGGCACUAUAAAAUGAAAGAGAGAGAGAAAAAAAAAA